AUGGCCAUGCUGGCUUCAAAAUCGUCGUUUCCCGCCGGCUUGGGUGCUUCGUCUCUCACUCCUGUUCCUUCUCAGCCCACAAUGGCCCCGCCUAGAAGAGCUCCAACGAUGCCCUCUUCAGGUGCUUACGGCAGCCCGACAGAAUCCGAAUUCAACGAAAGCGAUCCCGCCGAAUCCGUCAAGAACUGGGACGAAGAUCAGGUCUGCGAAUACCUGCGAUCUGUAAAAUGCGGCGAGUAUGAAAAGAUCUUCCGAAAAAAUCACAUCAACGGCGAGAACCUCCUAGAAAUGGAUAAAGAUGUGCUUAAAGAAAUGGGUGUUGAGAAAGUCGGCGAUCGUGUCCGCCUUUUCCUUAGCAUCAAGAAGCUGAGAACCAGGGCAUACGCCAACGAGAAGAAGCGGAAUCGGGAUUCAUUUGGCGGACUCGAUAUUCACAUCACUGCACCCAACGACUCGUCAAGAAUGCAUACAUCGCGAGGUGUUCCGACAUCUUCUAACAAGCGGUUUUCAAGACAAAUGGAUUUACAUGGUGCUUUGGAUAAUGGCAUGACUUCCUCAAGACCCAACUCCCCUCUCCCUGGUACCGAUCUGCGGAAUCUAAGGGCCCGAGGGAAGACAUAUGUCACAAGUCCUGUAAAUGCUCAAGGCCAAAGGAUUGUGAUUACCAACCCGGAUCUUCCGGCAAACCGUCUGGUAACGACCCAUACCAGGAAUAACUCCAGUAUGGACGGUUCACUGAUGGCUGCCUUACCACAGGGUCAAGAAGUUAUCCGCGUCAUAUCGACUGGCGGCGUUACGAAGGUUGUCAAGAUUUCCGCGUGUAAUACUUGCGAGGAAGUGAUGCGGGUGACUCUUCGAAAGUUCGCUCUGCGUGAGGACCACGAAAGGAACUACUGCUUCUGGGUCUUGGCUGGUAUCGAUCCUGAUCCAGGCCAAUGCCGACGACUGGGCGAUACGGAACUUUGGCGCAUUAUCAAGGACCAACGACGGCCGGAACGAAAUCGACUGAUAUUGCGGAGAGUUCCAGCAGGUGAACCAGGGGAGGCGGAAUUGCAGCGGGCUGCUGCCAUUGCCAUGGAAGAAGAGCAACAGAAGCACGCCCGAGCUCUGGAAACAGUGGACAAGCGAAGUCAACUGAAGGUUCAGAAAAUGCUUGGGGAGAAAUGGAACGACCAGCUCCAGUCCCCGUUGUCGCCGAUAUCUUACCAGGAUCGCGAAAGAAACUUACACAAUGCAGCCAAGGAUCUGGAGCGUCCACCAUCAGAGAUCGAAUCGCGACCGGCUCGACGUGUCGGAGCCCUUCGACAGUUUGGAGGUCUUCGACCUCCCAGCGAGUUGAUUGCUUCUGAUCUUACAUCGUACUUCCCUGACCAUACCAGAGAGGACAUCGACCGCACGGCCCGACUUUCCAUGCGACGGUCAACUCGCUUGAGCAAGGUCAACAGCCGGCUCAGCGUUGCUAGCAGCCUCAGCUUUGCCUCCAGUAUCCAGGAUGCACCCCCCAUCCCAACCAUUGCUGAUUCUUGGCUUAAUGCUAAUUCUCAGCUUGCCAAGGUGAAGUCUCGGGAUUCACACAUUCGGGUUCCUCAGAAUGCCUACAACCGGGAUUCAGUAACAUCAUCAGUGCUUGAUACCCUUCAAGAGGAGUCUUCUCUCGAGCCCAACCGCAAGUCUUAUGUCUCUUUUACUGAGAGUGGCUCUGACUCGGCUGCUCUGAGUGUCACUGACCCUGAGGGCAACACCACAGCCACAAGCUACUAUGAUGGUGAUAACUCAACAGGCUCUGGAUCAUUCCAGGAGCUUCGCCAAGCACUGACCAACGAUGGCGACGACGUAGACGAGGAACUACAAAGCUUCCUGGCUGGAGAGUCCUGGGGCGACGACAAAUGGAUGAAGGGCGCGCUGAUCGGUCAAGGUUCAUUCGGCUGUGUGUACCUAGCUCUCCAUGCUGUUACUGGUGAGCUUCUCGCUGUGAAGCAGGUCGAGACACCUGCUCCUGGAGCCAACAGCCAGGGCGAUACACGCAAGAAGGGCAUGAUCGAAGCACUCAAGCGAGAAAUAAGCCUUCUUCGCGAUCUUCGACAUCCCAAUAUUGUGCAAUAUCUUGGUUGCAGUUCAUCAGCUGAUUAUCUUAACAUUUUCCUCGAGUAUGUGCCUGGUGGAUCAGUUCAGACGAUACUCAACUCGUACGGCGCGCUCCCAGAGCCGCUGGUUCGCAGUUUUGUUCGACAGAUUCUGACUGGCCUUUCAUACCUACACAACCGAGAUAUCAUCCAUCGCGACAUCAAGGGAGCCAACAUCCUGGUGGACAACAAGGGAACCAUCAAGAUUUCUGAUUUCGGUAUUUCAAAGAAGCUGGAGGCCUCCAACAUUCUAAAUGGCGCCAACAACAACAAGCACCGCCCGUCACUGCAAGGAUCCGUUUUCUGGAUGGCUCCUGAAGUUGUAAAGCAAACAUCGUAUACUCGCAAAGCAGAUAUCUGGUCGCUUGGAUGUUUGGUGGUGGAGAUGAUGACUGGUAGUCACCCUUUCCCCGACUGCAGUCAGCUCCAGGCUAUCUUCAAGAUUGGGGGCGGAAAGGCGGCUCCUACAAUCCCUGAACACGCGAGCGAGGCAGCCAAAGAGUUCCUUGCGCAAACCUUUGAAAUUGACCACAACCUACGACCUAGCGCGGACCAGCUGAUACUCAGCCCCUUCCUGAUCCCAAUCACCUAA